GAAUGGCAUUCUUGUUUCAUCUCUAAGACUAAGCUAGUUAAUGUGUGGUCUCACCAGCCAUCCUUAGCCUUCUACUUGGGAUCCUUAACAUGGGAAACUCUACCCUGGACCACAAAGCUCUGCAGAGGCUGGAAUGUUCAGCUUAUUGUAAGAUAUUUACCUCCAAAGAUGCAGGAGUAGAGCUGCCAAGAUCUGCAGGGACGCAUCGCACCCAUGCAGCGACCGUCUCACAAAGCUGUGGCCAGGCAAACGCUUCCUGUGCCUCAGUGAGACCUGAGAGGCUUAGCUUCUACCCUCAAGCCAUCAGACUGCCUAAUUCCUGGCUGGCACCUUAAUUUACAUCCCUCCUGCAGAUUGCACUUUAUAAAAGCUGUGCUGCGUAUCGCAGGGCCAUUUGUUGUACAGUGUAAUUUUUGUUUUUUAUUUUUGCUUUUAGUAUAGUCAUUUUCCAUAUAACUUUCAUUUUUAUGUCCAUGUAUUAGCAUGUGGUUACUAUCUGCUUUCAUUGUUUAUAUGGCAGAGUUGGCCACCUUGCCUUUCACUGCAGCUGACUAUACCUUGCAUGUGACAUAUAAAACCCUUGAAUCCUUGCUGCGUUCUAGCCAUUACGUGCCUUUUUUACUCUUCAUAACAUAAGUGAAUUCGGGUUUUGGAAAAGCCGUAAUUUUGGCGCACGUAGCUGUGUGUUUUUCCACAUCAUGAAUCGGAGGAAUACCGGCGUGGACGCUGCUGAUCUUACGAUCAUCGCCCCUUCUUGUGUUAUUGGCUCGUAUGAUGUUGAUUGACAGCCGGUAUUUCCCGUGAUGCAAUAUUUCCCUCUUCGUUUUUGCAACCCGCCUACCAGCUAAAUAGUGGAUUUUGAUUGGUCGGUGUAUACGGUCUUUCAUUGGUGGAAAUGUAGAGCGGUUUGCCGGUCUGGCACUGAAAUACACAUUUCGGUGAACUGGCAAAACGUGCAGGAUGUCAUCCUACAAAUCUGUUCAGUUAAGUUAACACAAACAUGGCAAGCAGUGAUGUGACCCGGGUCCUUCGCUUGAUUCGCUCCGUCUAUCCGAUCGUGCAGACGGCCCAGGAGUUCUCGGACACUGUAGUGUUCAAGGAGGGAAGAAAGUUGGUGCUGGUGGAGCCGUCGGACAGCGCGCGCUACGGGUCAUUUAUUGAGGGACUGGUGAUCUGCUCGGACAGGGUUUUGCAGCAUGUCCCUAGCUGCACCCAGGUCAUUACGCUGGCAGAGCUGCUGGCUUUAGUGCUGAAUACCCUGAAGAGGAGGAGGAGGAAGAACGUCUUGUCUCAAGGCUACUCCCUCUAUGAGGGCAAGCAGAUGGACGCCGACGUGCUGAAGUUCCACGGCAACAUCUCCUUGAGCGCCGCCUACGUCUACCAUAGUGACUUCUGGAAGAAGCUGCACAGUAGGGUGGGCACGGACCUGACCAGAUACCUGCUGGAGAGCUGUACUGUCUUCACCACAGUGCCCCCUAGCUGCCUGUUACAGGUCUGUGGCCCUCCUUUUUAUGAUUGCGUCCCUGCUGGGCCAGGCUCUGAUUUUCAGCUCAGCAGGUUGAGAUCAGCUCACGGAGCCGCGAAGCCGAGACUGGGGCAGGCGACAGGGGACCGGAGGAUGAGGGAGAGGAGGAGGAGGGUGAGGAAGCGAAGGCGCAGCAGAGGGGAGGCAGGCGAAGAAGGGGAGGCCCAGGAGGACAAGGAGCCACUCUCCAAGCGGGCGAGGUUGGAGGUCAUGGGAUUUAAACCCACAGCCACUAGGAGGCCGAGAUUGGCUCCCACCUUUCAGAAGGAUGGUCCUUCUGGGAUAAAAUUUCCUCCGCUGAGGCCCACUGACUGCUUCUUCCGCGUGCUGAGGCUCCUGUACGGAGGGCGUGGCAUGGGGAACUUCCUGCUGAACAGGAAGUUGAGGGUGGGGUCUGCGGCGCCGAGGCGCCUCCAGGGGCGGGACUUGGUGCGGCUGGUGUUCUUUGAAGGCCCAGUGUUUGGGAGCAGCACCGAGAGGAAAUCCCGGAGGUUGCCGGUGCGGUUCCACGGCACGCUGGGCCUCUUUGCUGCGCUCCUCCGUCGACACCGCGGCUGUCCCUACGUCCAGCUCUUGCGACGGACGUGUCCGGUGGGAGACACCGACGCUGAUGUCACCGUCCUCCUGACUCGCCACAGCACUCCCCGUCAGGUCUACCUCUUCGUCCGGGAGUGCCUCCAUCGGGUCGUCCCUGAGGAGUUCUGGGGAUCUUCCCACAACCGGGUCCACUUCCUGCUGCGUGUGAAGCGUUUCCUGUCCAUGGGGAAGUUCGACCGGCUGUCUCUCUCUGAGCUCCUGUGGAAGAUGAGGGUGAAUGACUGUGAUUGGCUAAAGGUCAGCAAGACUGGGCGCUGCCCUGCUAGCGAGCACCGAUACCGGGAGCACCUACUGAGUCGGUUCCUGGCCUGGCUGCUGGACCGCUACGUGAUGGGCUUGGUGCGGGCCCUGUUCUAUGUCACGGAGAGUGCUGGCCAGAAGAAUGCCCUGCGCUUCUACCGGGAUCGUGUUUGGGUGAAACUCCAGGAUCAGGCAUUUGGGAAACACAUCCUGAGGAGCCAGUGGGAGCUCCUGCCCCAGCAGCAUCUCCCUAAAGCUACGGUGGUGUCCCGCCUACGCUUCAUACCCAAACCUGGGGGCAUGAGACCCAUUGCCAGGAUGGCGAGGGCAGACAGCCGGACGUGGGUCUUUCAGUCUCGAAUCAAGGACUUGCACGACUUCCUGCGCUUUUGCAUCCAGAAAAGACCGACUCUCCUUGGCUCCACCGUGUUUAGCGUUCGCGACAUCCACCAGACGUUGGGCCCGUUCGCGGCCCUCCAUAAGGAGAAGCCCCGCCCCCUCUAUUUUGUGAAGGUGGAUGUUAGCGGCGCCUAUGACAGCCUGCCCCAUGACAAGCUGCUGCAGGUCGUCACAGAGGUGCUCUUCCCCAUAUGGAACGAGGCCUUUGUCAUUCGCUGGUGGGCCCAGGUGUGGUCCGAGACCAACGAAGGCAUGAAGAGGGCAUUCCGAAGACGGGUAGAGAAAUGGGACGACACAGACACCACGGUCAGGGGAUUUAUGAUGACGAUCCAGCAGAAUAGCAAGAUUCACGACUCUGUUCUUAUAGAGCAGCGAUACUCACUCAACACGAAUGGUAAAGACGUCUUUGAAUUCUUCAAGCAGAUGUUGGCGAACUACGUCAUUCAGUUUGGAAAGAAAAUGUUCCGGCAGUGCCACGGAAUUCCGCAGGGCUCGGUGGUGUCUGCCUUGCUCUGCUGCCUCUGCUAUGGACACAUGGAGAACUCCCUGUUUCACGACAUCACAGAUGGAGGAGGGUGUUUGCUGAGGCUGGUCGACGACUUCCUGCUCAUCACACCUGAGUUUGGCAAGGCCCAGAUGUUCCUCAAAUCCCUGCUGGCGGGUGUCCCAGAGUACGGGUGCUUUGCAAAUCCCACGAAGGUUGCUGUGAACUUCCCUGUGGAUGACAUGGAGGGCAUUCCCAGUGUCCGUCAGCUGCCCUUCCAGUGCUUGUUUCCGUGGUGUGGACUCCUUCUGGACACUGAUAACCUGGAUGUCUAUCAUGACUACUCCAGUUAUGCCGGCCUUUCCUUACGGAGCAGCCUGACCCUUGGCUCCUCGCCCUUCCCCGGACAGCACAUGAAGAGAAAGCUCCUGUCCAUCUUGAAGCUUAAGUGCCUCCCUAUUCUCCUGGACCUGAAGAUGAACUCUCUGCAAGCCGUCUACCUGAACAUCUACAAGAUCGCGCUGCUUCAGGCACAUAGAUUCCAUGCCUGCGUGCAGAACCUGCCCUUCGGCCAGAAGGUGAAGAACAACCCACGUUUCUUCGAAGUCAUGAUCUGGAACAUGGCGAAGCUCUGCAACCUGCUGAUCAGGAGAAACAACCUGGGAGACCACCUGGGCUUCAGGAACAUGGGAGGCUGCCUGCAGUUUGAGGCUGUGGAGCUGAUGUUCUGCAUCUCCUUCCUCACCGUCCUCUCACGUCACAGACGCCUCUACAAGUGCCUUCUUCCACAGCUACGCACACGUAAGAGGCGGCUGGAACGGAAGCUGGGGGUGGUGCGGCUGGCCAUCGUCCAGCGCGCGUCUACGCCUGAAAUCCCCGAGGACUUCCGGUGCAUCUACGUCUAAAAGUCUGUCGAUUUUUCAUAAGGAAACGCUGGUGUCCACAGCAGGAAUGAAAAUGCCGUCCCUGUGGUGAUUACAGUGGCUGCUCUCUCACUGUAAGGCUUCACCGUGGAAGACAGCACGUUUAUGAGAUCAAAUUCUACGCUUGUAAAUUCUGUUUUUGUUUUGUCUUUACACAAAUGCUCUCUGCCCAGACUGUUUUUCCGUCAGAUUUUAUAGUGUCAAAGUUGAUAUUUUAUUAUGGAUUCCAGAUGGACGGAUAGAUGCCUUUUAUUGUAAAUGGUAUGUCAUUUUCACUUGGCAGUCGCUCUGCUUUUGUGUUUAACAUUCAUUCUGUAAUGUGCUCACAUAUUUAUAUCAUAACUGAAUCCAGGCGUAUUGCCUAUAUUUAGCUGGAAGCUAGCUAAAUUUUUAAACAAAUACAGAUAAGUCUUAUAAAUAAAAUUUUUUUAUGAAUUCCA